CGGCGUUGAUGUUUGUUUGCCGAAUAUACCGAAUAUAACCGAUAAACUCGAGCAAUAGAUUCUUCAAGAAUUAUUAUGGAAAGUCGGUUCAAGAAGAAGUUUGGAAAAUGUUAAUGAUAUUAUUUGACGAUGUUGGUGCAUGAAGGAUUCUGUUGGAUUUUAAUUUUUGUGGAAUUUACUCGAGUACAGGCUGCAACACAAUCGGGAAAUGUUACCAUUGAUCACAUGAAUACAGCUGUUAGAAGAACCUACUCAGCCUGGUCGGGCUGGAGUGCAUGUCGAGGUGGUUCUAGAACGCGGCGGCGGCACUGCCUGCGUAGAAGGAUUUGCGGUGACGCCGUCAGGAUAGAGGUUGCUGGAUGUGGAAAUUCACCCUUGGAAAAUGAAAAUGUUCGGAGGCAUACACAGCACAGGCGUAGACAGCACAUACAAACGGCUGACUUGAAGCAGCUAGGUGAUGAUGAUAAGCAUAUGCACGGGUAUUCGCAGUGGGGACCCUGGACAGCAUGCUCAAAAAAAUGUACUUCGGUCCGGGAAAGGCACUGCCAGAAGUGGGUAAUAUGUGGUCGGAAGGUGAUCAGACAAUCAGCAUACUGCUACCUCGAGGGAAGCUACUGCCACCACUGGAUACGGCACCGGGCGCGGCAGGACCCAGGUAGUCCCAAAACAGCCAGCCAGGCGAUUCGAGCGGACGAUUCACGGAGCUACAGAACAUUGCAGUGCGGACGAGUGGGCCGGUACCGCGGCCCGCCGAGCGCUCGCAAGCGGGCCCGGAUGCGGGACAUGAUGAAGAUUAUAGGGGGUAGGCAGGCGCCGCCCGGGAAGUGGACUUGGCAGGUCGCGGUGCUGAACCGAUACAAGGAGGCGUUCUGCGGCGGUACCCUCAUAGCUCUACGCUGGGUGGUGACAGCGGCGCACUGCGUCCGGCGGCGACUAUACGUGCGGCUGGGCGAACACGACCUACUCGUGCGGGGGCACGGCGAGGUCGAGAUGAGGGUCGCCCACGUCGUGAUACACCCUAUGUACGACCCUGACACCGUGGUUAACGACGUCGCUCUCUUACGGUUACCAGCUCCAGCCAGGCCGGACCUGGGUCACGGUGUGGCGUGUCUACCUCAACCCCACGAACUCCUACCUCCGCAUACCUCGUGCGUGAUCCUCGGAUGGGGUAAAAAACGCCCCACUGAUGUGCACGGAACUAGGAUACUACACGAGGCUCAGGUCUCCACAAUCCAGCAAGCCGUUUGCCGUCGGUCGUACUGGCAGUAUUCCAUUACGGACGACAUGGUGUGCGCGGGCCGCGGCCGCCGCGACUCCUGCGCAGGCGACUCCGGCGGACCGCUGCUAUGUAGAGACAGGAACUACCGGUAUUAUUUACAGGGUAUAACGAGUUUCGGUGACGGGUGCGGCAAACGCGGCAAGUACGGCAUCUACACGCGCACCGCCGGCUACGUCACGUGGAUACGAGACGUCAUGAGGAAGUAUUACGAUUGAUACAAGGGACACUAGUAAAACCGAUGGAAAUAAAUGACGACAUGAAUAAGUAUUAUGAUAAUUAUUGAUACACGGGCCUAUAGUAAAACUGAUCGCAAUAAAUGACGUCACAAGUAUUACGAUUGAUACAAGGGCCUAUAGUAAAACCGAUCGAAAUAAAUGACACAAGUAUUACGAUUGAUACAAGGGCCUAUAGUAAAACCGAUCGCAAUAAAUGACGUCACAAGUGUUGAU